AUGGACACUGAAGCAAAGGUUCCCAGCACAAGGAGAAGAGAUCUCCCUCCCAUUCCUCAAGGACAGAGGCGAGCACGAGCAUUGCCAUCUAUGCCAAGUCAGGACACAGCAGAGGAGAUUCCUGCUCCAAAGAGUAGGAAAAAGAAGGUCAAGAGGGAUGUGGAGAGUGUGGAUGAACAUGAUGAUGGUGGAAUGGAAAUGGGAGGGCUUACCAGUCGCAGACCUUCUGAAUGCCAGGAACCUUUGACCACAGAACCUGUGGACAAUCCGCCACAAAGGAGGAAAAAGAAGAAGAAAGCACAAGCAAUUGAUGUGGAGGGAGAUCAGACAGACCUGGUGUCAAAUGGAGAUAUGGUGGAUCAGAAUGUCGAAGAAGAGGUGAUGCGCAAACCAAAAAAGAGGAAAGUGAAACCUAAAGUCACAGAAACACAGUCCAACAAUGAAUUGGACAUAGAGGAUGAUGAUAUCAUCACAGACCCCCAGGUGCCUGUCCCCCAGCAUUCCUUGUUCUCCGCUCCCCAAGGACAGAGCCAGCCUGUGGGGAAGGUGUUUGUGGAGAGGAGCCGUCGUUUUCAAGCAGCCGAGCGAGUGGACCAGUGGAAGGCCAGUGGCCCGAUGGAGCAGAGCUUUAUGGACAGCCGCUCAGUGUGGACCACUAGAGAUGUCUCCUUGAGACUGCACAGCGGCUUUAGGGUGAUUGGCCUGUUUUCUCAUGGUUUCCUGGCUGGUUAUGCUGUAUGGAAUAUCAUUGUGGUCUAUGUUUUGGCUGGGGAACAGAUGAGCACUCUUUCCAACCUACUCCAGCAGUACAAUACCCUGGCCUACCCUGCACAGUCCCUGCUCUACCUGCUGCUGGCCCUCAGCACUGUUUCUGCCUUCGACAGGCUGAAUCUUGCCAAAGCCGCUACGGCCAUGAGGAGUUUACUGACCCUCAGUCCUGUGGCGCUUGCUUCCUUCUUGUACUUUUCUGCACUUGUUUUAUCGUUAAGCCAGCAGAUGACGAGUGAUCGCAUCAAUCUCUAUAAUCAGUACUCUAGCUAUAAUGUGACACUCUGGCAGCCGGGCUCAGAGCACAGCAUCCUUCACCCCUGGAUCAUAGUAAACCUGGUGGUCACUUUGCUGGUCGGGCUGGCCUGGGUUCUGAUGUCAACAAGUCCAGAUAUCGACCACACAGAAGAGUUUUUAAUGUCGAUGGAAUUGGAAUAUCCAAAAGCAGAAGAGAAGGGAAACAUCACUGCAUAAGGCACCUGAAGGCCUUUUUUCUACUGUGUUUUGAUACAUGGUUGAUUUGUCACUGUAUAUAUUAGAAAUGUCAAACACUUGCCUAUUGUAGGGUCUCAGCAAUAAAAAUUUUAAAUAAACCA